AUGCGAGAAAUAUUUGUUAAGUGGAAUUUCCCUAAGCCUGGAUACUAUAAGUUGAACACAGAUGGUGCUUCGUCUAACUCUAGUUUUGCAGGUAUUGGAGGGGUCGUUAGAGAUGAUGUUGGUUCUUUUGUGGCAGGCUUUGCUAAGUUCAUCUAUCAAAAUGGGAGCAAUGUGGCUGAAGUGUGGGCUGCAAGAGAAGGUCUUCUUCUUGCUAUCCAAUUGGGAAUCACAAAGCUUGAAAUUGAAUGCGAUUCAACCUACACUGUUCAACUCUGCAAUGGCGAGGUUACACCACCUUGGUACCUUAAGGCUCUUGUCCAGGACAUUGUCGACUUGAAGAAGAGAUUUGAAGACCUUGUCUUCAUUCAUGAAUAUAGAGAGUCCAAGAAACCUUCUGAGAGAAUAUUAGAGGGGGUGUGGUUUAAUAACCCACCAGUAGAAAUUGUCAAUAAUCUUGUUGCUGACAUUCAGGGUGUGUCUUACCAUAAGAUGAUCAGAGUUGCUUAG